AAGAACAUCUUGUCAUAUAGAACGCCGGCUCGGAUCGAAGGGACAUCGAUGGUUAUGUCAGUUUGGACAAAGUUCCUUCUCUUCUGUUUUAGCGCCGUAAGAUAGAAAGCAAAACAGAAGCUCUACUGAAACGUCGCAAUUAUCAACUUCCAACAGUCAUGAACGAGAAGUUUGACAAGCUAUCUAGAGCACUUGAGUUAAAGUCAACUGAAUUUGACUACACAUUUUAAGCACUCACGAAACAUUUCGCAUUUGGACAACCAACUCAAUACCGAUGCUUUUGACUUCAAAAUCAUUGUCAGGCAAUCACACUUACAGACAGCUUUGCGCACAAUUGGUAUAUCAGGUGAGGCGUGUACAAGGUGUUUGAUAAAAGUCCUGAAAGAAAGAAGCUGUAGUAGAACGAUUAUGGGUACCGAAGUUCUUUUGGGGGGCAACAAUUGUGAUGGCUGGGGCAUGUUCACCAACAGUUCUUAUAGCGUGUUGGCCAUGGAGGCUGCUCAAUAGAUGCGACAAUGGUAUUAAUUAUGUUUGAGGUAAGUUUUUAUUUUUUUUAGUUACGAUGGGUUGAAGUCAGACAAGCAACAUGACAUGUUUCUCUUGUGCUUGAACUUUAAGCACAUAUUAAUGAUGGAGCUUUCCAAUGGGGGUGUCUGUAGGCCAUAACAACUCACCAAUCCGAGAAUACACACUACUGCAAGGUAAGUCAGACUUUGCUUUUCAGACAAAGCGCAUUCAAAGUGAGCCAUUUCAAAAAGUCAUAAGUGGGAAUGGAAAAGCAUUGCAUUCUAGAACUGUAGGCUUCACUUUAUUAUGUACAUCUUUUCACACCAUCUUUUUUAUCUUCGCGUUUUUUAUUAGUGUAUGUACAUUUUUUUUCUGCUAUCGUAAUUUGAAUAUAGCAUAUACUAAAACAUGAGAAUCUCACCUUUUAUACAUUCCUACAAAAUAAAGGAGAAAAAGUAGAGAAGUCCUUGCUCUAGCUAAUUGUGCUUGAAUCAAUGUAAUGUCAAAACAUGUGGCACUCAGCCAAUUGCCCACUUGGCAGGAAAAGAAAGGGUAAUAUCCCCCCCCCCCCCCCCCCCCCCCUCCAGACCCCCAACUUGAUAGAAUAGCUGUCCACGUCAUACAAUGAGACAUCUUUUCAUCAUCUAUAUAAGGAGCGUCAGAAGUUCAUACUCCGAUCCAUAAUCAAUUAAUACUCUGAAAAGCCUCCGACUUUAGUUUCUGCAUCGUUUCUCAUCUCCAUCCUUGUUCAAUGAGGACAAAAAAAAUGCCUACCAUUAACCUUGAUCAAAUUCCAAGUUUUGAAGAACAUGUUAAUGGCUUUGAUCAACAUGAUGUGUUGGUUGAGGAGAUUGAAGGCCUGAUUAGAGUUUACGGAAAUGGGUAUGUGGAAAGACCCCAGAUAGUUCCCUGUGUCUCUAAUGCAUUGCCGCCAGAGCUCGGUGUUACUUCUUGGGAUGUAGUUGUGGAUAAACUGAACAACAUUUGGGCUCGUUUCUAUAUUCCGACACAGUGCCAGGAGAAGCUUCCUUUGAUUGUAUACUUCCAUGGAGGUGGGUUUUGUGUUGGCUCGGCCGCUUGGAGUUGCUACCAUGAGUUCCUGGCCAAGCUCUCUGCAAAAGCUGACUGUAUAAUUAUGUCUGUGAAUUAUCGUUUGGCUCCAGAAAACCCUCUUCCUGCUCCUUAUGAAGAUGGAUUAAAGACCCUUCAAUGGUUGAAACAAGUUGCUUUUGUAGGGGGCAAGCAGAAUUGGUGGUCAAGAUACUGCGACUUUACCAAAAUCUACCUUAGUGGUGAUAGUGCCGGUGGCAACAUAGCCUUCAAUGUAGCUGCCAGACUUGGUGGUAAGACGACUGCUUCUGGAGCUGUGAUUUUGAAACCGUUAGUUAUUAAAGGUAGCAUUUUGAUACAACCAUUUUUCGGUGGAGAGUCAAGGACCAAUUCAGAGAAGUUUCUUGUCCAACCUCCUCGUUCCCCACUGACGUUGGGGGUUUCCGAUACGUACUGGCGGCUGGCGUUGCCUUCCGGGACAAACCGUGACCACCCAUGGUGCAAUCCUUCUACAAAAGGAUUGUUUACGGUGGAGGAUUCGAGGGUUUUGCCUAGUUUGAUAUGCAUAUCAGAAAUGGACAUCUUGAAAGAUAGGAACUUGGAGUUUUGCUCUGCUUUACAUAGAGCGGGUAAGCUGAUCAAUUAUGUGGUUUACGAAGGAGUUGGCCAUGCGUUUCAGGUUCUGAACAAGUCACAACUCUCACAAACUCGGACCCUUGAAAUGUUUGAUCACAUCAAGGAUUUCUUGUGUGUAUAGCUUCAGUAGAAUUUGUACAAAAGGGAAACUUUUUUCAUUUUUUGUUUUUUCCUCAAAGAAAAGAGAGAGCAUUCUUAUCAGAUUUAUCACUACAUUUUCCGUUUAAUAUUCA